AUGAAGCGAGCACGACGGGAUAAACACCGUGACGAUAACGCGAAGAAGGCUUAUCCAAGAGAACAAUUUGCGUUGGAUAGAGAAGGAAAAAGAUUGUUCCACGGAGCAUUUGAGGGAGGAAACGUGAAGGAAGCAAACGACUAUCAGGAGGACACGUAUGAGGGGAGUUCCGCCAUAUCAAAAAUGCGGAACGACAAAAAACAAGAUGUGAAAUUUCUUGGAAUCAAUGAUAUAAUAGACCAAAAUGAUGGAACAGAUUUUUUGAAAAAAGAGCUGGAGAUUGAGAAGUUGAUGAAAAACGAGAGAAUGAGUUAUACCGAGGCGGAACGAUUUAUUGAGGAAAUUGGAUGGGAUGGAACGGAGGAGAUAUUUGUGAAAAGAAGAAAAGGAACCAGUAGUGAUUAUGAAGUGACUUUCGGCAGACAAUCCCAGAAUCAAGCGCCUCUUUCCCAGAGCGAAGAAACGAUUAAAAUCGAUUUUGCGAGUGGAAAAGAGACUAUUGAACAGAUUGUUGCCAAAAACGAAAAGGAAAUUAAAACCAGAUUUUCUGAACUUAAAAUUAAACACGAAUUUGAAGAUACGAAAGUGCAAAAAAGGUACGAAGACUAUUUAACGCUACUUGCUGCCAACAAGAAUCCAACCAAAUACACUCUCAAAAACCGUCACGAGUUCAGUGGAGUUGCUAUUGGUUCAAUUCUGUCUUCGAAGAAUGAGAAGAGUACUUCAUGGCUUGAUAAGUUCAUAGAGAAACAGGAAAAGUCUAAAACUGUCGGUGAACCACCAAAAAGUGGUGAUAGUCAUACAGUGAGUCACUUCGUAGUGACUGAUAUAGUUCGGAAAAGGUUCAUGUUAUAG